CGCCCAGUGUAAACGGGUCCAUCAUCGGGUGUACGCGAUUGUGUGUAGCGAGAGAAAGAAAAACGCAGCAAAAAUUUAUCCAGAAGCGCUCCUAUUUUCGGUCAACUUUUCCCUUUUGGUAAAAUCCGUCUCCGCGAAGUGUCCGCUGCGUUCGUCUCGGUGUUCUUCGGGUUUGAGCCUACGUGCAACGCGAUCCCGUGAAACGCGGAUUUGCUUUCGCCACCGGUUCCGAGAGGGGCCAAGCGCCAGAAAAUUGCUAUCCGAAGAGCCGCGGUGUGUUUUCAUUUUUGCUUGCGCCCUCCCUCCGUGUCUUGUGUGUGGGCAAAACAGGAAGAGGCCGCGGUCGUGCGAGGAACGAGCAAGAGGCCGAGCGACGGGCGGAAGUGUAUUUGCGAAUAUUGUUUGAGAAUUCGUCGUCGGAAGCGCCGCGAAGGAAAGCGUUCCCCAGGGUCGAUCCGUGCCGCGACGGAACUGGUGAUCGAGAGUAAAAGUGAAUCGUCGCCGCGAGUGUACGGCAGCUUUUUUCUGUGUUUGUGUGAUCCGCUGGGACUGUUUCUGUCCAGCUUGGUAGUUUGCGGAGAUUCCCACCCCCGUUGUUGUUGGAUUGGCAGGAGUUCUGGAAGCGCCCAGCUGCACCGUGGUGAUCGUUCCUCCGUCGUUGGCUGUCUCCGUUGUCGUCGCCGAAGGACGGGAAGCGUCGUGUGUCGUCCACCCGGACGUAGAUGAAGGAACCAUCUACCGCGUUAGCAAAGCAACGUUGUGAGUCCACCGGUAACCUCUGCACUGUGAUUGUCGUCUCGCGAGAAACGUCCGGCGUCGCGCAUUUCCGAUCCGUAGCGCAACAGCACCGCAACCAAGUGCGACGAUCGAGCACCGCCGGCGCCGCCAGCAAAGACACGUUCCGCCGACAAUUCGCAUCGUCCGUCUAUCACACUACUAGCACCACCAUCCGGAGACAACGCCGUCGAAAAAGAUGUCCCGCAAUAAAGACAAGUACGACAACAAUAACCCCCGGCGGCAGCAGACCUUUCUCACGGCGGAGGAUAUUGCGGCCGGCAAGAAAACCUGCUGGCAUGGCGUCGAGAUAACGGGCAGCGUGCGCAACCUCAGCCCCACGCUGUGGAAGUUCGAACACCUGACGGCGCUCUUCCUGAACGACAACUGCCUGAUGCGGUUGCCGCACCAGAUCGGCCAGCUGGCCAACCUGCGCACGCUGGACCUGUCCAGCAACAAGCUGCGUAGCCUGCCGGCCGAGCUGGGCGAGCUUAUUCACCUAAGGGAACUCCUGCUAAACAACAACUUGCUGCGUGUGCUUCCAUACGAGCUGGGUAAGCUGUUCCAUUUGCAUGUGCUCGGUCUGCAUGGGAACCCUCUCGGGAAGGACGUUAUGUCAAUCUACAACGAGCCCAAUGGAACGCAGAAGCUGCUCACGUACAUGCUGGACAAUCUGUCAGUGACCGUGGCACCGCCGCCGCAACGUCCCUGGAUUCCUUUAGCGAGGCCAAAUCGAACCAGAGGUGCAUGCAUAUUCACCGUCAUGUGCUAUAACGUACUAUGCGACAAAUACGCCACCAGACAGAUGUACGGCUACUGUCCAAGUUGGGCUCUUAGUUGGGAGUAUCGGAAAAAGGCAAUUUUGGACGAGAUCCGGCAUUAUUCGGCGGACAUCAUCAGCCUGCAGGAAGUCGAAACCGAUCAGUUCUUUAACUUCUUCAAACCGGAGCUGAAGAACGACGGAUACGAAGGGAUUUUUUCGCCCAAAUCCCGGGCCAAGACCAUGUCCGAGUCGGAUCGGAAAUAUGUCGACGGGUGUGCAAUCUUCUUCCGAUCAUCCAAGUUCUCACUCAUCAAGGAGCACCUAAUUGAGUUCAACCAGCUGGCGAUGGCGAAUGCGGAAGGUUCGGACCACAUGCUGAACCGGGUGAUGCCGAAGGACAAUAUCGGUUUGGCGGCCCUGCUUAAAGUGAAGGAAAGCGCAUGGGAGGGCGUAUCGCCAGAGCAGAUUGCCUCUUCGCAGCCGAUUCUGGUCUGUACGGCGCACAUCCACUGGGAUCCGGAGUUUUGCGAUGUCAAGCUCAUCCAGACGAUGAUGCUCAGCAACGAGCUGAAAACGAUAUUGGACGAGGUUGGCCACAGCUUCCGGCCAGGGCACAAGUUUGACGUGAACAACGUGCAGCUGGUGCUGUGCGGAGACUUCAACUCGCUGCCUGAUUCCGGUGUGAUCGAGUUCCUCGGUGCCGGGCGUGUAUCAAUGGACCAUCAAGAUUUCAAGGAGCUGGGAUAUAAGUCCUGCCUACAGCGUAUAUCAAAUUGUGAUACACCGAAUGAAUUUACUCAUUCCUUUAAGCUAGCAUCGGCGUACAGUGAAGAUAUAAUGCCAUAUACAAAUUAUACAUUCGAUUUUAAAGGUAUUAUCGAUUAUGUAUUUUACUCGAAGCAAGGUAUGAUCCCGCUUGGUCUGCUCGGUCCCAUUUCCGCCGACUGGCUGCGGGAAAACAAAGUGGUCGGCUGUCCCCAUCCACAUAUACCGUCGGACCACUUCCCACUGCUGGUGGAGCUUGAGCUUAUCCACAUGAGCAGUACUCAGCCCCCCAACGGACUCAUUGGCCGGAGGUAGCAAUAAAACUCACGCUCACUUAGCGCCCACAAAACAGCAACACGAGCAACCACAACAAACAAACAACAACAAUAAGAAUCAUCAUCACUCAACAACAGCAACUAGCAGACGUAAUAGUUGUAGUAGUAAUAUUAGUCCUAGAAUCAGAUGCAACAAAACCAACAAAUCUACCCAUAGUACCGCCGGUAACUCAAUCGAUUCCGUAAGCGCUCGUACGCCACGGCGGGAGGCCCUGGGCCUUGCACUCGAGCUAGGAAGUACCACCUCUCCUAAUACCACCACAACCACCAUCACCAACGAUUUGACCUUGACGACAACAAUGAUUACGACGGCAGUGACCUCUAUCAACAACCGAAACAACCAGGGCAGUAGAGCAACAGAUCAUGGCAAGCAACAUCCGCAGUCCACCCACUCCCACCAUCGUUUUCGCAAAGGCAAGAACGCUGCUUCGGCCAACCAUGUUAGGAAAAAUCACCCCAAAGCCAAAACCCACCCAAUCAAACCAAAUAAGAUAAACUAAACACAAAAGACAGAGAGAUUUGAAUCUCAGCUAAAGAAACAAUCGAUGAACGAAAAUUUUAAAAUAACAAAGGGCGAUGAAGAAGCGUAAUUUGUCGGUUUGGAGUUGCGGAAAAAAUGAAUCAGUUUGAUGAUGUUUUAAGAAAUUUGCAAAUUUUCCAAAGUAUCAUCACUCUCCUUCCAUAUUCGCAUGUUCAACUCGUCAAUUGUUUAUAGGAAUCCAAAAGUGCAACCAAUAAAUCGGUACUAGACCGCUCAGAUUGUAUAGUAGUAGAUCAUUGUGUAGUAGAUUUUUUUUUCUGUUUGUGUCCUCCUCCGCAGCGCAUGAAGUCGUUUUUGUGAUAUUUAUUUUUUACUUAGUUCUUUUUACUCACGCUGUAAAGAAAUUAUGAAUCCAAACCUCACAACAAAAUUGCUACCAAACACAGAUGUAAAAAAUAAAACGUUCGCAUUCAUCGAUUUACCCACCCCGAAGAGAUUCUGGCGAACCGGACUAGCCGGGAGACUUGAAGAACAAUAGCACAAAACUCCAGCCAGCGCGCUUUGAUCUAGUACUUCACGCUCACGACCGGUGUAUCCAUCAGAGAGAUGUGUGGUUAGUGUCAUCAUUAACAUUGAGAUUCACCAUUUAAAAAAAUAUCGGAAAGACGAAGAAAGGAAGGAAAAUAUGAGAAAGGAAUGAUGUAAUGAAAAAAGCACUUUAUUUCUC